GCGGAAUUCCUACUUUCGAUUUCACCGUUUUCUGAAAAUCGGGUGGCGUAAAUCCCUUCAGUUUCUCCUAUGAAGUUGAGAAAGGAGUGUUAAUUUGGGAACGCACGUACUUGAAUAUGUGAUACGUACCUACUCUAGUAUGGAACUUAUUUUGAUUACAUGAAUUACCAUUCAAUAUUUGCCUGAAAAUGGCGAACAGGUUAAAUCGGGGCGAAGAAAGACUCUUUCCACGUGCCAAUAUCCGGGCAGGCCGAGGGUUUCGUCAGGAUGAUCUCAGUGAUGAUGACGAUUGGGAUGACGAGGGCAUCAGGCAAGGCGCCGGACAAAUGCAACAACGUGGCGCUCAACAGGCGGACAGGGGCGCCAGAAGGGGCGGGGAAGGGGCAGACGGCGGUGAAGGCAGAGGUGGAAUUGGUCGAGGAGGUCGAGGGGGUAGAGGCGGUCGAGGAGGCGGCGGCGGUCGCGGAGGCGGCCGGAAGCUGGAUAGACGCUUUCUUCAAGAGCUCGAGAAACGAGAAGAAUCAGAUUGCGUGCUGACGCUUUCUAAUCCGGAAACAAAGCUUCGUGAAUGUAUACAAGAGUCCGCUCACGAUCAGAAACUUCUACAGCUAAUCAUGAGUGUGCUCGCAAAGACGUGGACGUGCAACUCGCAGUCACAGGGCCUAAAUAUAAUUCGGAUCAUAAUGACUGAAGCGAAAUUUUUCGAUAUGGCAAUGACUCUGUUUUUCGACACUGAAGAUAUUCACCAGAGACAAAAUGCCUUUAAAAAGUCGAUUAAGGACAUGAUAACUAUUUUACAUGAAAUCAUGGACAAAAAUCCAACAUCGAUCGGCGAAUUUUUCGGACUCCAUGAGGUAAUGAAAGGUGUGAUUGAUGAAAUGCGAGGGAAUAAAAACAUCAUAGACAAGGAAACACUGGAAAGUUUUCAAGAAUUGACAGAAAUGAAAGAGCUCUUGACAAAGCGACUCAAAAAUCGAACAAAAAAAAAAACUCCAGAAGCGAUUCGAAGAGAAGAACUCGCGGAGGAGGAUCCAAACCCACCCAACGACUUUCGAGACAUUGAGAUAUUUCCACAAAGAGAUGAUAUGCAGGCUGACGACGAUCGGUAUUUGAGGGCAAACAAAAUCAGAGGAAAGUACCAGGACUUGGACCAUUACUUAGACGUGCAAUUCAGACUUCUCCGAGAAGAUUUUGUAGCUCCUCUUCGGGAAGGCGUAAGUGAAUAUAUCCAAGCCAUUCAGGAAAACCGCAAAAAGAAAGGCAGAGAUGUGCGUAUAUACCACAACACAAGAAUUCUCACACCGCACUGCAGUGAAAAUGGCCUGUGUCACGUGAUUCAGUUUGAUGCUAGCCGAAUGGGAAAUGUGCGAUGGCAAUCCACAAAGCGUCUCAUAUUUGGGUCAUUGUUGUGCCUGUCAUCGGAUAACUUCAGAAAUUUCUUGUUUGCUACCGUUGUUGCUCGCGAGAUUAAGACGCUUCAGAAAGGCAUUUUAACAGUUCGCUUUGAAAAGGACCAUCGAGAGAUAAACGGCAUGAUGAAUCAGUUAUUCACAAUGGCCGAAACAACCGCUUACUUCGAGUCCUACAAACAUGUAUUGAAAGGUUUACAGAGUGUCCGGCGUGGGGAUCUUCCUUUUGAGAGAUAUAUAAUUGAAUGUGAAAGUAAUGUGCAGCCACCAGCAUACUUGAGGCGGAGGCCAAACACUAAUUACGAUCUGCGUCCACUGGUUGAUGAACACAUCGUGAUCAAAGACAAACAGACGCUUGAAAUCAUGCUUGGCGAAGAUGAGGAGGACGAUGCACCAGUGCCUUACGACUUCAGUCCGCAUUCAAGAGAAGCGGAAAAGGUCAAGGUAUUAGAUCCACACGAUUGGCCAACAGCGGACCUGUUGCAUCUUGAUUCAUCUCAAUAUCGUGCGAUUCGAACUGCGCUUUCAAACGAAUUUGUCAUCACCCAAGGACCGCCGGGUACAGGGAAAACGUACAUCGGACUUAAAAUCGUUAAGGCACUGCUUCACAACAAAGAAGCGUGGACGAUGAAUCCAGAUACAGGUUUACCCGAUCCUCGCCCGAUGUUGAUAGUCUGCUAUACGAAUCACGCAUUGGACCAAUUCUUGGAAGGGAUUGUAAGAUUUUACAAAGGGGAUAUUGUGAGGGUUGGAGGGAGAAGUAACAGUGAGAUUCUAAAGCCUUACAACCUGCACAACUUUCGACAACGCUUCAGACACGAGCGUAAAAUACCUGUUCAGGUGUUUAAAGGAAGACGAGAAGCCAAAUUUGAAAUGGAUGCGUUGACUGCAAAUAUUCGUAAGGUCAGCGAGGAAAUUCAGCUCGUCACAAAUUCCAUCAUGCACGAAGAUUUUUUGCGGCCAUAUAUGGGUAAUCCGCAUUAUCAUUUGCUAAUAGAAAGAUUCGAAAUGAUGAUGCAGAUGUACCAUGAAAUGAGAGAAGUGUUCAAGAACUGCGUAAUUGUUGAGUGGCUAGAGCUUGGUAACCUCGCACCUGUUAUUGAAAUGGAAAGAAACAUGGCUGGUGACUUCAACGUUAACGAUGUUGGAGCUCUUGAGGAGGAGUUUAUCGACGCUGAUGAUGAAGUGGAUAACAUUCAAGCUCAACGACAAAUUGAUGAACGCGGAGAAGAAGACGACGACGAGGAUGAAAUCAAUGCGAUAAUUGACGGUUUGCUGGACGUCAACCUGACUCGCAAAGAAAGAAUCGACAUGCAUGUUAAUCUUGCGACGAAGGCAACACAGAGGAAUGUAGCCCUCGAUAUUGAUCAGAUGGACGAAAUGCCAAAGGGUGUUCAAAACCAAGAAUGGCAAACGCAAAGAAAGCAAAAGAAAAAGCAGAAAAGGAAAGUACGUCAGAAGCUAUCGUCCAACGAAGUGAUGACACCAAACGACGUGGAUGCUAUAACUGAUAUGUGGACAAUGUCAUUAGAAGACAAAUGGAAAUUGUACAGAUUUUGGAUUGAAAAAUAUAGGGAUGUUCAACUGAGAAAGAUAGAAGAAACACAAGACGAAUUUGAAAGAGCUGCUGAAAGAUAUCGUGAGGCGCUGAUGCAAGAAGACAAAGAAAUAAUGAGGCAUUCUAGAAUAAUUGGAAUGACUACAACCGGUGCCGCCAGAUACCAAGCAGUGUUGCAAGAAAUACGCCCGAGAAUCAUUGUGGUGGAGGAAGCGGCCGAAGUACUGGAGGCUCAUAUUGUGACCACCCUUAGUCGCGGAUGUGAACAUCUGAUUUUAAUAGGUGAUCACAAGCAGCUGAAACCAAACCCAACGGUUUUUGAACUUGCGAAGAAGUAUAAACUGGAUGUUUCCCUGUUUGAACGAAUGGUUGACAACGGAAUUCAGUGCGAUUGUCUUGAACUUCAGCACCGAAUGAGACCAGAAAUAUCUCAACUUAUGACGUACAUUUAUCCAGAUCUUAAAGAUCACCCAGACGUUCGCAAAUACGAUUCAAUUAAAGGUAUUUCUUCGAACGUGUUUUUUAUUAAUCAUAAUGAAACAGAAUCCGACGAUGCCGACUUAAGAAGUCACUCGAAUGUUCACGAGGCUGAAUUUUUAGUUGGCCUAUGCAGGUACAUUUUACUACAAGGGUACAAACCAGAUCAGAUAACCGUUCUUACACUGUAUUCGGGCCAGUUGUUUUGUCUAAAGAAUAUGAUGCCAAGGUCAGAAUUCGAAGGCGUACGACUUACAGUUGUGGAUAAUUACCAAGGCGAAGAAAAUGACAUCAUUUUGUUGUCACUUGUUAGAAGUAACAACGAUAAUUCGAUUGGAUUUUUGAAAAGCGAAAAUCGUACAUGUGUGGCACUGUCAAGGGCGAAGAAAGGGUUUUACGCCAUUGGAAAUUUUGAUCUCCUCAGAAAUAAUUCAAAACUGUGGAACGAAAUGGUCAUUGAUAUGAAACAAAGAGGGUGUUUUGGCGAUGGUCUACUACUACGAUGUCAGAAUCAUCCUGACGCUGACGAGCAGAUAGUUGCAAAGACUGCAAAGGAUUUCCAAAAUGCACCCGAAGGAGGGUGUGCUAGAAAAUGCGGAACGCGACUUGAGUGUGGGCAUUUGUGUGAGCAGUUUUGUCACGUGCUAGAUGCCGAACAUCUUGAAAAGAGGUGCCGAAAACGAUGCAACAAAACCAUUUGCGAAUCGCUUCACAAAUGUCCGCUCCCAUGCUCAAAGGCAUGCCAACCGUGUAAAGAAUUGGUUGAAAAAACAAUCCCGCGCUGUAGACAUUCGCAAAAGGUUCCUUGCGCCACCAAGCCCCAGGACUUCGAGUGUCAGGCGGCCUGUCAGUCAAUACUGCCAUGCGGUCAUAAGUGUCAGGCCAAAUGCGGAAAACAACAUACACAGGAGUGUGCGGUUGAUGUGGAGAAGACAUGGCCAUGUGGACACACUGGGAAAAUCAAAUGUCACCAACAAGAUAUCGCUCUUUGCCCAGCGCCGUGUGAUAGAAUGCUUUCGUGCGAACAUAGAUGUCACGGAACAUGCGGCAAAUGCUUUCAGGGUCGAUUGCAUAGACCGUGUCAAAGUGGUUGCAACAGAAUUCUUGUUUGUGGUCAUGAGUGUACAGAUAAUUGUAGCUUAUGUCCUCCAUGUGGUCGUCCAUGUGAAAAUAGAUGUCAGCACAGUAAAUGCGGAAAACGAUGUGGCGAAUUGUGUGUGCCUUGUAGGGAGCCGUGCACUUGGCAGUGCGAUCAUUACAAAUGUCGUAAACUGUGCAGCGAGCCAUGUGAUCGUCCGCCUUGUAAUAAGCCGUGUAAAAAACAGUUGGUUUGUGGCCAUCAAUGCAUCGGUAUUUGCGGAGAGCCAUGUCCAACCGAUUGUAGGAUUUGCGACAGAGAAAAGGUGACCCAAAUAUUGUUUGGAGAUGAAGAUGAACCAAACGCUAGGUUUGUCGCGAUGCAGGAUUGUAGAAAUCGAUGUAUCAUAGAGGUCAAUGCUAUGGAUAUAUACAUGAGAACGAAGCCUGAUGAGCGGGGAGAAAUUAAAUUGAAAGAGUGUCCUUUGUGCAAAACCCCUAUACGAAAAACAACGCGGUAUCGGGCCUUAAUUAAUCAGACAAUUCAGGAUAUUGAGUCUGUGAAGGCAACUCUGCUAGGUAACGAUCUGAGGAUUAAUCAAUUAGAGACUGAGAUAAAGGAGCACAAGGAUAAGAUAACAAAGCUUACUACAAGAUUGCUGAUUAAAAAGCGCCUAAACAAUAUCGUAAGUCUUAAGUCCGAAAAUGCAAUGGCUGCACUUCUGAAUCAGACACAUCUGCUAAUUGCAUUAGAAACACUGCAAGAAGAUUGGCGAGAACUGAAGGGGCUGACAUAUGAAGCAGAGAGAAAGAAGGCGUUGAAACACCUAGAUAAUUUUUACGAUUGGGUUCUUGAAGAACGGUCCAUAAUGACCGACCAAGAAGUUCACGAUGCACAGGCUGAAAUGGAACGUUCGAGAGAUUACUUGAAACUGAUGCUCUACCAGAUGAAGGCCAACGAAAAACGUAUCAAAGUAGAUUUUACAAUGAAAUCUAAAAUUCGAGAGGCGGAAAAUAUGCUCAACAGUUUGGAGAAAUACUCGGAGGCAAUGAAGAUUUCUGUUCGGACAUGCAUCGAUGCUUUGAAGAAGCUGGUCCCGUUGACAGAGCUCGGCAUAACUGACGAGGAGCGCAUCAUGAUCGUUAAGGCAAUGGAGUUAACGACAGGACAUUGGUUUAAGUGUCCAAAUGGUCACGUUUACGCCAUAGCGGACUGUGGUGGCGCAACAAUGGAAAGCAAGUGCCCCGAAUGUGGGUCAAAGAUCGGCGGCGGCAAUCACCAGCUGAGAUCCGACAACCGCCUGGCCGGAGAAAUGGACGGGGCCACACACGCCGCAUGGUCCGAACAGGCUAACCUGCUUAACUACGGAUUUGAAGUGCGCUUUUAAAAUACUGAAUGAAAUUUAUAUAUGAACACUUCAUGUAUUUUUGUCUUUUUGAGAUGACGUUUGGAAGACGAUUGAGUCAUUGUUUCAGAUACAGUUGGUACACACUAUGAUGCAUUGUUUCAAAGGGCAUUUGACCUCUAAGUGAUAUAAUUGAUCGGAUGACAACACCAUAAUUCUACAUAAUGCGACAGUGACGUUUACAACAUGGCUUGAUAUAAUGUAACAGAUGAAAUUGACAAAUCAA